UAUUUUGUGACAACUUUUUGCCACAUCCAAUGCCAACACCACGUCAACUCAUCAUGGCCUUCACUUGAAAGAAACAGUUACACCGUUUAGAUAAAUUUAAUGAGUAUACCUACAUCGAAAUUAAUAUUUUAUUUAUUUGUGUUUUUCAUUCUAAGCGAAUUUGCACAGCAAACGGCAAUCAUGGGGGUUUCGUACACAGACAAUGACACCACAUGUCCUAACAAAGAAGGACAUGGUGAAAACGUAAACGAAGUUAAAAUGAGUUCAAUAUACCGUAGCAAUGAAAUAUAUAAGGACUGCAGCUAUCAACUUCCUUCCAUUCAUUUAUUCAAGACCAAGAAAAGGAACCCGUUGUCCAAUCCCAAACUCGAAGCGCAAAUAAACAGAGAAUUUGCUGAGUGUAAACAAAGUUUCAAUUCACAAAACUAUUGGUCAAAGGUUUAUCAUUCACCCAUCACAGAUAGACAGUGCAAGGUAAAGCAAGUUGAACAAAAUACUAGUAGCAAGCAGUCAUCCGACAUCCAGCUCGAUACUAAUCACUUGGAAAGCCUCCAAAAUGACACAAAUAUCCAAGCCUGCCGCAGCGUUCCUACUGAAAAUAUAGCCACCUCCAUGACUUCGUUUGUCAAGUCGAAACAAUCAGUAAAGGCGCGCGUGAAGGGAUGGUACAAAAUGACUUUCCCGAGAAUGUUGUGCCCGUGCUGCACCGGCGGUGACGACGGCCCGGCCCCCUACUGCGCGCACAGUGCCGCCGGCUCUUAUGAGAGCAUAGACUUGAAGCUCUCCAACAAUGCGCUACACUCUUUAGACUUGGACGCAUCUCUUAUGAGCAUCAUACAUAUGCAUAGAAGCUUGAAACUGAAGAGAACAUCUAAAGAUUAUGCAAAAAUAAUAAGUGCUGUACUCAAUAAUACCUAUAAAAAUGCCAUUGAUUUGAUAAGCUCGAGAAAACAGUAAUUAUGAAGUUUUAAUUAAAAUGGACAAGGAAAGGAUUUAUUACUUACGUCAUAGAAGUAAAAAUCAGGAUGACAGCUGAAGGAUUUAUUUUGUCAAAAAUGACAUCAUAUCCACAAUAUCAAGUGCUACGUUUUUGUAUUUUGAAUUGAAAGUAUUGCUGAAUCAUUAUGUAAAAUUCAUCUCAGCUAUGGUUGGUCUGUAAGAAGUUGAGAGAUACCAUUAAACACCAAGCAACUUGAGUAUCACCAUAAAGUGGCUACAUUUUAGGGAUGCUGUCGCCCAUCUAUCAGUAAGUCAUUGCGGAUUUAGGGCACAUCUGCAUACCCCUUUGAAGAAUCGAAGCCGAGAGUCACAGUUCUUUGAGUCAACCGUAUCACCAAAAUGCCUACGUAGCAGGCGAAACGUUUUCUUAAUGAAUCGUUGCAAAGAGUAGAAACGUACGUGGCGCUGUUGCUUCUAAAAAGGGGUCACUAUUUACAGUUCACUGUGGCCAUGUGUGGCUGUGGUGGUAGAAAGAGGAGGAAGAAGAGUCUAAUUCUUAGGGCAAAGAAACUGUUCAGAAAAUUCAAAACAGAUUGCACAAAUAAAUUCCAAAAUAAAACAUGCCAGCGAAAACGGUCUGCACCACCCAGUUCGCAACGAACACCUGUUAUACGUAUACCGCGAGAACGCAAUAGUCCACGCAGGCCUAUUAGUCCGCAGGGUUCAAAUGUGCGACGACCGAAUGUGGCACAACCAAGUGUGGCGAAUGUGCCUCAAUCAAAUACGCCUCAAUCAAAUACGCCGGAUGUGCCUCAAUCAGAUGUGCCUCAAACAAAUACGCCUGAAGUGCCUCAAUCAAACACGCCGAAUGCGCCUCAACCAAAUACGCCGAAUGAGCCUAAACCAAAUGUGCCUUGAGCAAAUAUACCAAAUAUCCCACGAGGAAACGAACCGAACAUGUCACGAGAAAAUGUGCCAAAUAUGUCACAAGGAAAUGUGCCGAAUAUGCCACAAGGAAAUGUGCCGAAUAUGCCACAAGGAAAUGUGCCGAAUAUGCCACAAGGAAAUGUGCCGAAUGUACCAUAUGUAUCUCGGGAAAACAUGCCAAAUGCGCCAGAACAAAAUGGGUCAAAUGUACAAAAUGUGCCUAGAAACAUAAAGCGAAGAAUGUAUAGAAAUACGUCUGACAAUGGAAUCGACGUGAUGCAAACUAAUGUUUGUUAUUACACUAAAACCGGUUCAAACAUAUCCAGGUAUAAAAUGAACUCUAAUGACGUUAUUCGAACAGGCAAUUUCAUAAAAAAUCAAGGGAAGUGUGAACCAUCGCUGCAAUGUAUUUAUUUACACGAAGAUCAUCCACUGCACACACCCAGUGACCACAAGAAACUGUAUAUCCCUCAAAAAACACGGACCUUUGGCCAAUGCUAUGCUGCUCCUUUAAAACGACAAUCUAUACAAAAAACUAAACAAUCUAAAGGCAUAUUCACCGUGUUGUUUUUCUGUUGUUUAGGAGACAAAAGUCAAGGAGCUAACCUACCUAGCACUACGGUCCCGCGCUCGCUGAAUGAUGUACACGUAAUAAACUCCUUUAACUGUGACUCGUACGACUUCGGAUGCCAGUAUAGUCUGAAAUCUACACACAGUCUCGAAAUUAUCUCUCAGAUAUUGACCAGAUCGUACUCCAACAUGUCGUCAACUGAAAGCGAUUACAGUGCCAAGUGGCGGGACCGCUUCCGUAAGAAUAAGAAAACUCGCAAUGAUUUAUUUGUAAUGAUGUACGCAUUAGCACGAAAAGUUAAAGAUAAAAAAUCUAAAUUUCCGAUAAGGAAAAAAAAGAACAACGUAGUUGUACUGAGGGUGCCGAAACAAUUCAGCAAUGCUUCAAACUCCGGAACCUUAUCAAAAACACACAAUAGCGAGAAACUGGAAAAACCUUUAACGAUUAGAGAUGAAUCUUCGCAUGAACAAAUAAGUUACAACUGUGUCAGUUCACGCAAUAAAAUAUGGGGGCCAGGAGAAGUUCUUCUAAAAAAACUCUAAACCAAUUAAUUAAGUCUGUUAAUCGACAUUGCUGAAAUUAAAGGAGUCUGGCCGCGUUCGCCACGUCGGGGUGUCCAACCUGAACGCGGAGCAGCUGGCGCGCGUGUGCAGCGUGGAGCGGCCCGCGUGUCUGCAGGUGGAAGUGCACGCUCUGUGCCAGCAACAGCCGCUGCUC